AUGGAUCUACAACGAAAACAACAACAAAAACAACAUCGGAAGCACCGACGCGACCUCGGUGUCGUUUUCGCUCUCGCAGUUUCUUUGGCGAUUAUUGCAAGCGGCGUCGAAGCAGCGAACGCAGACGAUGAGGAUAAAUUAGUGGCAGUAUCGAGUCUGAGAAUAUCGAAUCCAUCGGGGAUCGUUUAUUCGAACAAAACGCUGCCGGAAGCAAAGGAAUCGAGGGACAACGAAAAGGAAAAGGAGGGGGAAAUCGGCGACGAUGAAGACGAGGAUCGAACCCUCGGUGGAGAUGAGGCCGAGGAGUACGAAGGCGAGGAAGAGGACGAGGUCAACGAAUAUGCCGAGGAAUUGAAGGCCGUUGCUGAAUCCCAUGAAGCUAUGUCACGACGCGACGAUCAACAUCCGGGGAUGAAGAAUCGCAGCGGAAACGGUCAGCCCCCGACUUCCGGAAGUCGAGAUCUUCGUCUCGACCACGACACGGCCAAGAAGGAUUUCGACUCGAGGGAGAAAAGCGUCGAGAGCGGAUCCGACGAGAGCGAAACUUCAAACGAAGCCAUUCUCGAUGGAAUCGAGACGGAAGACAAGGAGGUGACCGAACUCAUGAAGUACAAAGGUUCGAAUCACUUCAGAGUCGGUGCCAAGAGCGAAGGGGAGGAGGACAAGGAUGAAAGUGGGAAGAUGAAACGAGUACCGACGGUAAAAAAGGAACUGAGUACCCAGAAGGAGAUCAAAACACGGAAUGAUUCAAGCACGGUCGAGAAGAGAUUCAGCGUAAAGGAGAUACUCGAUGGGCUGAAUGAUCAGGCCAAGAAUUCGAUGGCAGUUGCGGGAAAAUCCCGGAAUGAUAAAACUGCGAGUAUCUUGACCGAGUCAUCCGGUGUUAGCGAUGAUGAUGAUGAUGAUGAUGAUGACGAUGAAGAAGAGGAUGAUAAUGAUGAUGAAGAGGAGUUCACGGGACCGAAACUCAAGGAUUACGUGGACGAAGAUUUGGACGGCGAAAAAGCGGGGGAUUUGAAAGCCGGUAACUUCGACACCACCGCGGAGCUUGAGGACAACAGGAAAUUGGACAAGAGGCAAGAAGCUGUACUUCGCGAUUUGGAAGCUUAUUUGAGGGCUGAAUACGACGCGGAACAGGAACAACAGCAGAAGCUUCAAGAGCUUGGAGCCCAGGAAGGCGCUCUGGCCGAAAGUUUGCUCGAGCUGCUUGUGAAGCUUGCCGAAAACCCUCGUCGAUGGAAACGAGUUCAUCGACUUCUCAUGGACGUCGAGGGUGGCUUGGAGCUGUCGCGGCAGGCACUCGAGGCGAGAAAAAGAGCUUUUAAUCUGAACUCGUCGGCUGUGACGACUAUGACGCCGGCUGCUACAUCGCCGGUUUCGACGACACCGAAAAAACCGCGAAAAAAGCCUAAGCUUAAGAAGAAGAAGAAGAAGCAAAGACACCACAGGUUUUCUACAACCACCACCAGCCUGCCGACUACCAUACCAUUGCUCACGACCACCGAAGCACCCUGGCUUAUUACCACACCGAUGAAGUGGCGAUUAGUUGCUGAAAGACUCUUCGGUCCUCCGUGGGCUCAAGAUCUUCAGGACGAUCCGGAAGUGGCUAAAAUGCGUCUGACGGCGGCGUCGGGACCGAGGAAAAUCUCGCUUCAGGGAGGAGAUCGCGACUUCGUCGAUCAGUUAGGGGUGCGAAAGCAGCUGGACGAGCACAAGGCGUUGAACACCGAGCGUCAGGCGUUGAUGUUGGAGUCUUCGCGAGAGUACACGGAGCCGCGUCGAGUUCAUUACGGGAAGGUGAGCACCCACCAGGGUGGAAUGUCAUCGAGUCGAGAACCGUCGGGGGAGAUCGUCGCCGGUUUCCGAAGCGGAAAUCGAGACCCAACUCGAGUUAGAGGCUUCGAUCCGCCCGAGGAUCGUCGGCUGGGUCUCGGCAGCUACGCUGCGCAGCUUUAUUCCCGGGGCCGCAUGGCAUCGGCAGGUGACGAAUUCGGCCCCGUCCAGAGCUAUGCGCAAAAUCGUGAGUAUCGGCCACCAGGUCGGGAAUACGCGGCAAGCGCAAGCUGGCGGGAUUCUCGAUACAAGUAUGGACGGCCGAGCUGGAAAGCCGAGGAUUCGGCACAGUGGCGAAACUAUAAAUUCGACCCCAGGGACUACUGGUCACCCAGAAAUACACCGUGGGAAAGACCCGCUGCGCCCUGGGAAGCACCGAAGGAUCCUGCGCCCUGGGAGGACGCCGUUUCUCCGUCACAGACCAAAGGGAACGACGAUUCGGCCGGUACUCCCGACCCGAAACUCACCGUUAAAACUUGGAAUAGUCUCACUUCCGAUCCUGCUACAUGGCCGUUUAAAUUAGCGGAUACCAAACCCUGGCCCAAGGACGCUAAUGGGAAAUCUUAUAAUCCUAAUGCUGCUUUGGUUAGGAAACUUGGGCUUGAUCAGGACGUGGGAAAACAACUUGAGAAUCACAAUGUUGAAAGCGAUUUGCUACAAAUGCAGAAGAGCAACAAUCCCCCGGGGAUGAAGUACAAGGGAAAAGGUAAGGAGUUAAAAAAGGAGGCUGCAGCGGUGGCAGCAGGUGUAGAAGAGGUGGAAGGAUGGUCACCGAAAGCUGCGAUGUCGCCGAAGAUUCAAUCGGUCGGAGCAUGGGUGAUGCCGGCGGAUCAGUCGACCUGGAAGCCUUAUAAUCUGAAAACCGUCGACUCGUACGGUGAACCGAACAGGCAAAGAUGGAACCCGGAGUUCCCGGGUAAGUUUGCGAAACCGGGUGACGCUGGAAGCUGGCCGAAGUGGAAACAGUUCGCCUAUCACAGAGUGACUGCCACACCAAUUUUGAACCCCGGAUCUCCCCUCGAUGGAUCUAGGGCAAGGAAUAACGCGUACAUUGCGGUUUCCGCCGUCACUUCACCGAAAUACAAUGGUAAUCAAUGGAGGAAAAACGUCAUCGAGGAAACUCCGGUAGCUCAGAACGCUCCACCGCCUCUUUUAGACUCAGAUCAUCCUGUGAGUCAACUCAGAACAGCCGAUGACCCGCCUAUUUAUACCUGGAAAAAGGACGGCGCUAGUUCAAAGGUUGGUGGUGAUAAUGGAAAAGUAAACGCCACCGAUCCGCUCGAGGAACAACUCGAAACUCUCAGAAGGGACAACGCUUGGUCGCAUGAUGAAAAUCGUGACAAGAUUAAGAAACAGCUGAACGUGAUCAACGAUGCUUCGGAGACGUUAGCUUCUCGGUUUGCAUCGGGAGGUUCAUCAAACUCUUCAAACAAAUUAGGAACAUCAGCUAUUCCAGCUGAGGAUGGCGACAAGGGUCAUAACAGUUCUAAUCUCGAUGCAGAUACUGACCAGAACGUCAAGGGUGUAUCGCAUAAAUAGAAAUCAUCUAAACGCGAGGGUGGUCUGAUUUAUGUCUAGAUACAGAAUUGUUCUAAAUAUAAACUGAGGUUUUUU